AUGGCGGCGGUUAGGGCUUUGACGGUGGUGGCGAUUAAAGCUUUGGCUGGAGUUUUGCUAGGAGAAGUUGGUGGUGGAUGGGACGAGAAGAGCGAAGGAGGCGGGUGGUGGAAGGAAGGGGCGGCGCGUGAAGAUGUGAUUGCCGGAGGUGGUAUUCUGAGUUUGGUGGUGGUGGUGGGGAAGACCCAUUACAGCUUACACAGAGAGUGUUUAGCAAAACCGUUAAAGCCUCAAUACGACGGAGGAGUGAUUGUGAAUCCUGAAUUAAACGAAGGAUUGAAAGGAUGGACAAAAUUCGAAGAUUCAACGGUGGAGCACCGAGAAUCCGACGAUGGCAACAAGUACAUUGUUGCCUCCGCAAGAAAACAACCGUUUCAUAGUUUCUCGCAAAAGUUUAACUUAGAGAAAGAAAAACUCUACACUUUCUCCGCUUGGCUGCAAGUAAGCAAUGAAGAUGCAUACAUAGCAGCAAUUUUCAAGACAAAUACAAGCAAUGUAUAUGCUGGCUGGAUAACUGCCCAUAAGGGUUGUUGGUCAAUGGUCAAAGGUGGACUAGUGGUCAAUGUUUCUGGCCCUGCUGAACUCUAUUUUGAGAGCAACAACACAAAAGUUGAUAUUUGGGCAGAUAGCAUCUCACUGCAGCCAUUUACCAAUGAAGAGUGGAAAUCCCACCAAGAUCAAAGCAUUGAGAAGUUCCGCAAAUCAAAGGUGAAAUUCCAGGCGGUGGAUCAGCAUGGCCAACCCGUACCAAACGCCACCGUUUCAAUCAAACAGAACAACGCCGAUUUCCCCUUCGGCACCGCCAUCAACCAAAACAUUCUCCAAAACGGCGCGUACCAAAACUGGUUCUUCUCUAGAUUCAAAUACACCGUAUUCGAAAACGAACUCAAAUGGGCGGAGACCGAAUACAACAGAGGCGUCGUCGACUACUCCGUCCCCGACGCGCUGAUCAAUCUAGCGAAAUCGCACGGAGUCACGAUCCGCGGGCACAACGUCUUAUGGGACUCCCCGAAAUACCAGCCACGUUGGGUGCCGGGACUUUCGUCGAACGACUUGGCUGCAGCCGCGCAGAAGAGGCUGAUCUCAGUGAUGACCAAAUACAAGGGGCGGUUCAUUCAUUGGGAUGUAGUGAACGAGAAUAUGCACUGGAACUUCUUCGAGAGCAGGCUCGGCCCGAACAUUUCCACCGUUUAUUACAAGUAUGCAAACAAGAUUGACGGGAGCAGGACGACGCCGUUUCUGAACGAGUUCCACACCAUUGAGGAGAGUAGCGAUGGUGUUGCGUCGCCGUCGAAGUAUUUGCAGAAGAUUGAUGAGAUGAGGCGGGGGAGAUAUGCUGGUCCUUUGGGUAUUGGCGCGCAGGGACAUUUUAAUAAUGUGAAUUUGCCGUAUACGAGAUCCGCCAUUGAUAUGCUUGCUUCUGCUAAAUUGCCGCUUUGGGUGACGGAGCUCGAUGUUAAAGCCGGGCCCAACCAGGCAAAUUAUUUGAACCAGGUACUAAGGGAGAUUCACUCACAUUACGCAGUGCAAGGCAUUAUGAUGUGGACAGGGUGGAGCCCACAGGGUUGUUUCGCCAUGUGUUUAACGGACAAUAAUUUCCGAAACUUAGAAACCGGAAACGUCGUCGACAGUUUUAUAAACGAGUUGACUCAUGCCGAUGGUCUACGUGGCACAACCGAUUCUAAUGGCUUCUUCGAGGCUUCUCUUUUCCAUGGUGAAUAUGAAGCUAAACUUAUAAACGGAGACGCGGUUUCGAGUGUGCAAGAAAUUAACGUUGUACCGAACGAGGAAGCAGUUUACAAGUCCAUGCAGUGCCUUAUGAUCACUCAUACACACACGAGGCAAUGUUUGGCAAAGCCGAUAAAACCCCAAUACGAUGGAGGAAUAGUCGUAAAUCCCGAACUAAACGAAGGAUUGUACGGAUGGACAUCGGUUGGAGAUGCAAAUAUAAAACACGGAAAAUCAUAUGAUGGGAAUAAAUAUAUUAUUGCUUCAGAGAGAAAACAGUCGUUUCAUAGUUUCUCGCAGAAAUUUAUUUUACAAAAGGAAAAACUAUACACUUUUUCAGCUUGGUUGCAAGUGAGCGAUGGAAAUGCCGAUGUAGCAGCAGUUUUCAAGACGAAAACGGGUUAUGAAAUUGCUGGUUGGGUCACGGCUCGUAAGGGUUGUUGGUCCAUGCUCAAGGGUGGUCUCGUCGUCAAUACUUCCGGCCCCACAGAGCUCUAUUUCGAGAGCAACAACACAAAAGUUGAUAUUUGGGCAGACAGCAUCUCACUGCAACCAUUCACUCACCAAGAAUGGAAAUCCCACCAACAACAAAACAUUGAGAAGGACAAUUGCAGUUUCCACCCUUCAAGUUUGCACUGA